AUGGAGUCGGAUGAGGACUUCAUGAGUGUCGGGUCCAGCCCGGAUGAUUUCCUGGAUACCCAAGGAAGUGAUGUCGAGAGUCUUGGGGAAGACUUCGGUGACGAUUUCGACGGCGGAUUCUCUAAAGAUAAGGAUAUCAUCGCGACGAAACGAAAGCCUUAUGAGGUUGAGUUUACUGUUCUGAGCCCGGAGGACAUCGAUCGAGAACAGAACUUGCAGAUUAACGAGGUCUCCUCGAUCCUUGGAUUGCCCCCAGAGUCGUCGGCUAUUCUGCUGCGAUAUGGACGAUGGAACCGGGAGAAGUUGAUCGAGUCAUACAUGGAUCAUCCCGAGAAGACGCUGGAGGAGGCAGGCCUCGGCACCAACUUUGAUGGAACGCCAAAGACUGAAGUGAUACCAGGGUUCGUGUGCGACAUCUGCUGCGAGGACGGGGACGACCUUGAGACAUAUGCCAUGCGUUGCGGGCACCGCUUCUGUGUGGAUUGCUAUCGUCAUUAUCUGAGACAGAAGAUCCGGGAGGAGGGUGAAGCAGCGAGGAUAGAAUGCCCGAGUGAUAGCUGCAAUAUGAUUGUGGACUCGAAGUCAUUAGGUCUUCUGGUGACAAACGAUCUGAAGGAGAGAUACCACGCGCUUCUCACACGAACAUACGUCGAUGAUAAAGACAACCUCAAAUGGUGCCCGGCGCCCAAUUGUGAAUACGCGGUUGACUGCCCCAUAAAGCAGCGUGAUCUUCGUCGUGUCGUACCCACUGUACAGUGCGACUGUAGGCACUAUUUCUGCUUUGGGUGCACACUAAAUGACCACCAGCCAGCACCCUGCACGCUGGUGAAAAUGUGGCUCAAGAAGUGCGAAGAUGAUUCCGAGACGGCGAACUGGAUCUCUGCCAAUACCAAGGAGUGUCCCCGAUGCCACUCAACGAUCGAAAAGAAUGGUGGAUGCAACCACAUGACGUGUCGCAAGUGCAAGCACGAAUUCUGCUGGAUGUGCAUGGGACUGUGGUCUGAACACGGCACUAGCUGGUAUAACUGCAACCGCUACGAGGAGAAAUCUGGAUCAGAUGCCCGAAGUGCGCAGGCGCGAUCCCGGGCGUCGCUGGAGCGAUAUCUCCACUACUAUAACCGCUAUGCCAACCAUGAACAGUCCGCCAAGCUGGACAAAGAUUUGUAUCUUAAGACGGAGAAGAAGAUGACGAGCCUGCAGUCGCAGUCUGGACUCUCAUGGAUCGAGGUGCAGUUCCUCGAUACCGCAUCGCAGGCACUACAGCAAUGUCGCCAGACGCUGAAGUGGACAUAUGCCUUUGCCUACUACCUCGCCCGCAACAAUUUGACGGAGAUCUUCGAGGAUAACCAGAAGGAUCUGGAAAUGGCGGUGGAAAGCCUGAGUGAGAUGUUCGAAAAGCCCGUACCGGAGCUGGCGAACUUGAAGGUCGACAUCUUGGACAAGACGGCGUACUGUAACAAGCGCCGGGUAAUCCUCCUCAGCGAUACUGCAGAGAACUUGAAAAACGGGGAAUGGUCCUUCAACGUGGAAUGGUAG